AUGGACAUGGUUGCAUCUUUCGAUCUUUUUCGUUUUCUUUUAGUUUUUCCAGAAACAUCAGACCAUUAUAAAACAUUAAUUCACGGGGGUAGUAGCCUCAUCUUGACUGUUAUUAUCACAAAGUUUCAAAAGCUGUUCUCUCGGGAAAGCUUCAGUUCUCAUUCGUCGUGGGCAACCUUCCUCAGUCGACACAAUAUUCUAACGUGGUUUAGUGUUCUCUGUCCGCACACCAUUCCACCUACCGUGGUUUUGUGUUCUCAGCCCUCACUCCAUUCCAACCACCGUGGUUUAUUGUCCUCUGUCCGCACACCAUUCCACCUACCGUGGUUUUGUGUUCUCAGCCCUCACUCCAUUCCAACAACCGUGGUUUAUUGUCCUCUGUCCGCACACUAUUCCACCUACCGUGGUUUUGUGUCCUCAGCCCUCACUCCAUUCCAACAACCGUGGUUUAUUGUCCUCUGUCCGCACACCAUUCCACCUACCGUGGUUUUGUUCCUCCAUUUCAACCGCUGUGGUUUAUUGUUCUUUUUCCGUACACCAUUUCAACUACCGUGGUCUUUGGUUCUCAGCACUCACUCCAUUCCAACCACCGUGGUUUAG